AUGAAACUACUCUUGCAUUCUUUCUUAAUGCUUAUCUUAUGUCAAAUAUUAUUUUCUGCUAUCUAUCUAUCUAUCUAUCUAUCUAUCUAUCUAUAUCUAUAUAAUAACUCUCCCAUCACAUCAUCAUUCCUUUUACUUUUUCUUUCCCAAUUUUGUUACUCCCUCUGCCCAACUUUAACUCUUCUCUUUUCUUCUUUAGUCUUUCAUGAUUCUCUCUUUAUUAUUUCCUCCCCUCCUCAUCUUUUAUCAGCAAUUUUUUUUUUAUUUCAAACCUCCAUAUUUCUUUUUUCUUCAGUUUUCCCUGUAAAUUCUGUUUGUUUUCUAUUUGUAUCUUUUUCUUUUUUUGAUUUACUUUAUUUUUUCUAUAUUUUCCUUUAUUCUUUCAUAUUCUUCAUUAUUCAUUUCUCUUUCUCUAACCCUCAUUCUCUUUAUUUUUUCUUCUUGCUACCACUUCUUUUCUGUUUCACUGCUUUUUCUAUCACUUUUUCUCUUCUGAUUUUAUUCCAUUUGUUUCUUGAUUUUUUUUUCUGUUUUUUUGUUUGCUAUUUUUAUACACUGAUUCAUUCUUUCUUUCAUCAUUCUUUCUUGCAUUCUGUCUUUUUUUCUUUCUUUCUUUCAUGCAUUCUGUAUUUUUUCUUUCUUUUUUUUUUCAUGCAUUCUGUCUUUUUUUUUUUUUUCUUUCAUGCAUUCUGUCUUUUUUUUCUUUCUUUUCUGUCUUUUUUUCUUUCUUUCUUCUUGCAUUCUGUCUUUUUUUUCUUUCUUUUCUUGCAUUCUGUCUUUUUUUCUUUCUUUCUUUCUUUCAUGCAUUGUCUUUUUUUUUUCUUUCUUUCUUUCAUGCAUUGUCUUUUUUCUUUCUUUCUUUCUUUUCUUUCUUUCUUGUCUUUUUCUUUUUUUUCUUUUUUCUUUCAUGCAUUCUGUCUUUUUUUUUUUUUCUUUUUUCUUUCUUUCAUGCAUUCUGUCUUUUUUUUUUUUUUUUCUUUCUUUUUUCAUGCAUUCUGUCUUUUUUUUUUCUUUCUUUCUUUCAUGCAUUCUGUCUUUUUUUUCUUUCUUUCUUUCAUGCAUUCUGUCUUUCUUUCUUUUUUUUUUUUCUUUUUCUUUCUUGCAUUCUGUCUUUUUUUUUCUUUCUUUCUCUCUUUCAUGCAUUCUGUCUUUUUUUCUUUUUUUUUCUUCUUUCUUUCAUGCAUUCUGUCUUUUUUUCUUUCUUUCUUUCUUUCAUGCAUUCUGUCUUUUUUCUUUCUUUCUUUCAUGCAUUCUGUCUUUUUCUUUCUUUCUUUCAUGCAUUCUGUCUUUUUUCUUUCUUUUUCUUUCAUGCAUUCUGUCUUUUUUUCUUUCUUUCUUUCUUUCAUGCAUUCUGUCUUUUUUCUUUCUUUCUUUCUUUCUUUCAUGCAUUCUGUCUUUUUUCUUUCUUUCUUUCUUUCUUUUUUCUUUCUUUCUUUCUCUCUUUCAUUCUGUCUUUUUUCUUUUUUUCUUUCUUUCUUUCUUUCAUGCAUUCUGUCUUUUUUCUUUCUUUCUUUCUUUCAUGCAUUCUGUCUUUUUUCUUUCUUUCUUUCAUGCAUUCUGUCUUUUUUCUUUCUUUCUUUCUUUCAUGCAUUCUGUCUUUUUCCUUCUUUCUUUCUUUCUUUCAUGCAUUCUGUCUUUUUUCUUUCUUUUUUCUUGCAUUCUGUCUUUUUUCUUUUUUCUUUUUUUUUUUUCUUUUCUUUCAUGCAUUCUGUCUUUUUUUUCUUUCUUUCUUUCUUUCUUUCAUUUUUCUGUCUUUUUUCUUUUUUCUUUUCUUUUCUUUUUUUUCUUUCUUUCAUGCAUUCUGUCUUUUUUUUUCUUUCUUUUCAUUCUGUCUUUUUUUCUUUCUUUUUCUUUGUCUUUUUUUCUUUCUUUCUUUUUCAUGCAUUCUGUCUUUUUUCUUUCUUUCUUUCUUUCAUGCAUUCUGUCUUUUUCUUUUUUUUUUUUUUCUGUUUUUUUUUUCUUUUUCAUUUCUGUCUUUUUUUUCUUUCUUUCUUUCUUUCAUGCAUUCUGUCUUUUUUCUUUUUUUCUUCUGUCUUUUUUUUUUCUUUUCUUUUCAUUCUGUCUUCUGUCUUUUUUUCUUUCUUUCUUUCUUUCAUGCAUUCUGUCUUUUUCUUUUUUUUCUUUCUUUCUUUCUUUCAUACAUUCUGUCUUUUUUCUUUCUUUCUUUUUUCAUGCAUUCUGUCUUUUUUCUUUCUUUUCUUUCUUUCAUGCAUUCUGUCUUUUUUUUCUUUCUUUUCUUUCUUGCAUUCUGUCUUUUUUUCUUUUUUCAUUUCUUUUUUUUUUUUCUCUUUUUUUUUUUCUUUCAUGCAUUCUGUCUUUUUUCUUUCUUUCUUUCUUUCUUUCAUGCAUUCUGUCUUUUUUCUUUCUUUCUUUCUUUCUUUCUUUCUUUCUUUCAUGCAUUCUGUCUUUUUUCUUUCUUUCUUUCAUGCAUUCUGUCUUUUUUCUUUCUUUCUUUCUUUCUUCUGUCUUUUUUCUUUCUUUUUUGCAUUCUGUCUUUUUUUCUUUCUUUUCUUUCUUUCUGUCUUUUUCUUUCUUUCUUGCAUUCUGUCUUUUUCUUUCUUUCUUUUUCUUUUUUUCUUUCUUUCUUGCAUUCUGUCUUUUUUCUUUUCUUUUCUUUCUUUCAUGCAUUCUGUCUUUUUUUUUUUUCUUUCUUUCUGUCUUUUUUUUUCUUUCUUUCUUUCUUUUUGCAUUCUUUCUUUUUUUUCUUCUUUCUUUCUUUCUUUCAUGCAUUCUGUCUUUUUUCUUUCUUUUUCUUUCUUUUUCUUUCAUGCAUUCUGUCUUUUUUUUCUUUCUUUCUUUUUCUGUCUUUUUCUUUCUUUCUUGCAUUCUGUCUUUUCUUUCUUUCUUUCUUUUUUUUUUUUCUUUCUUUGCAUUCUGUAUUUUUUCUUUCUUUCUUUCUUUCAUGCAUUCUGUCUUUUUUCUUUCUUUCUUUCUUGCAUUCUGUCUUUUUUCUUUUUUUCUUGCAUUCUGUCUUUUUUCUUUUUUUCUUGCAUUCUGUCUUUUUUUUUUCUUUCUUACAUUCUGUCUUUUUUCUUUCUUUCUUGCAUUCUGUCUUUUUUCUUUCUUUCUUGCAUUCUGUCUUUUUUCUUUCUUUCUUUCUUUCUUUCUUUCUUUCAUGCAUUCUGUCUUUUUUCUUUCUUUCUUUCUUGCAUUCUGUCUUUUUUCUUUCUUUCUUUCUUUCAUGCAUUCUGUCUUUUUUCUUUCUUUCUUUCUUUCUUUAUUGCAUUCUGUCUUUUUCUUUCUUUUCUUUUCUUUCAUGCAUUCUGUUUUUUUCUUUCUUUCUUUCUUUCAUUCUUUCAUUUUUUUUUUUUUUUUCUUUUCUUUCUUUCAUGCAUUCUGUCUUUUUUUUUUUUUUUCUUUCUUUCUUUCUUGCAUUCUGUCUUUUUUUUCUUUUUUCUUUCUGUCUUUUUUUUUCUUUCUUUCAUGCAUUCUGUCUUUUUUUCUUUUCUUUCUUUUCAUGCAUUCUGUCUUUUUUUUUUUUCUUUCUUUUUUUCUUUUCUUGCAUUCUGUCUUUUUUCUUUCUUUCUUGCAUUCUGUAUUUUUUCUUUCUUUCUUUCUUUCAUGCAUUCUGUCUUUUUUCUUUCUUUCUUUCUUGCAUUCUGUCUUUUUUCUUUCUUUCUUGCAUUCUGUCUUUUUUCUUUCUUUCAUGCAUUCUGUCUUUUUUUUCUUUCUUUUCUUUCUUGCAUUCUGUCUUUUUUUUUCUUUUUUUUUCUUUCUUUUUUCUUUCUUUCAUGCAUUCUGUCUUUUUUCUUUCUUUCUUUCAUGCAUUCUGUCUUUUUUUUUCUUUCUUUCAUUCAUUCAUUCAUUCAUUCAUUCAAUUCCCCUGAGCUUACCUGA